GCUUCACUGUCGCAACCACAUUCCACCACUUUCGUAAUAUACGUCACAUCGGCCUAGAGCUGCAAAUAGCUCAAAAUGGCGGCUGCUCAAGUUAUUUCGAAUUCUGGUCAUGAUGACAUGAUCCACGAUGCGGGCCUCGAUUACUACGGACGCCGAUUGGCGACAUGCUCAUCCGACAAGACGAUAAAGAUAUUCGAGAUUGAGGGUGACACGCACAAACUUGUCGAGACUUUGAAAGGCCACGAAGGUCCUGUAUGGUGUGUCGAAUGGGCACAUCCCAAAUUUGGUACAAUUCUCGCGUCCUCAUCAUAUGACGGCAAAGUGCUCAUCUGGCGCGAACAACAUCAAAGCUCCACUGCCCCUAUUGGCAGCGGUGCCUGGACGAAAGUCUUUGAUUUCUCCCUUCACACCGCCUCUGUGAACAUGAUUUCCUGGGCCCCUCAUGAAACUGGAUGUCUUCUCGCCUGUGCUUCAUCUGAUGGUCAUGUCUCCGUCCUCGAAUUCCGCGAUAAUAGCUGGACCCACCAGAUUUUCCACGCUCACGGUAUGGGCGUCAACUCCAUCAGCUGGGCCCCUGCUGCCUCUCCCGGUAGUCUGGUCAGCUCAAACCCUGGUAUUGGACAGCAGCGGAGAUUUGUAACCGGCGGUAGUGACAAUCUACUUAAGAUUUGGGAUUACAACCCCGAGACAAAAACCUACAAUGCCACGCAGACGCUGGAAGGUCAUUCUGAUUGGGUUCGAGAUGUUGCUUGGUCGCCUAGCAUUCUCUCCAAGUCAUACAUUGCGUCUGCGUCGCAAGAUAAGACCGUUCGGGUUUGGACUGCUGAUGCAUCAAACCCUGGCCAAUGGACGAGCCAAGUACUUGAAUUUGAUAAUGUUCUGUGGCGUGUUAGCUGGAGCCCUAGCGGGAACAUUCUUGCUGUAAGUGGAGGGGACAACAAGGUCAGCCUGUGGAAGGAAAACCUACGGGGGCAAUGGGAAAAAGUGAAGGACAUCGAAGAAUGAUCUUGUUCCCGGGUUUGUUAUCUUAUCUACAUCUGUUUCUUUCUUUCUUCGUACCUAUCCAACUUCAGCAGAACCUAGAAUUAUGAGCUCAUCGGUAAUACAGUGUUCUUCUAUGAGC